AUAAAACUGUGGUCAAAGCCCUAACUCUCAGAGAGACUGGGAGAAAGAGGGCUUUACUCGUGUAAAUUCUCUUCUGUAUGCAUCAACAACAACAAAUUACAAGACAAAAGUAAGAGAAUCGAGGAAUUUGAAGAAGAAGAGAUUAGGGCACACUUCACUCUACUCUGUUUCCUGUGCAUGAUAAGACAUAAUUAGCAAGCUCGGUGACUGCCAAUGUAUUCAAAAGAGUCUGGUCAAGGUGAUGGGCCAGUGCGCACAAGUGAUAGAAUACGUAGAAGUCCAAAACAAUAUAGCCGUUUCGCUAAUUUCUAUACAACACAUAAAAAACAUGCUAAGCGAAAGAAGACUAGAACGAGGACUGCGGCUUCUCAAAUUGCAAAAAUCAUUGCUUCUGGGAAUAGAUCUGGGGUGGCUUUAUCAGCAAAUUCAGUUGCAACCAAUCUUCGUCGUUCUACAAGAAAAAGGAGGAUGACUGUUAAUCUAGAAGACUACACUGAUAGUUCUGGAACGGAGGAUAAUGAUAUGAUGACUCCCAGUUUUGGAAGGUCGAGGAGCCGGAGCAAUAAUAGGGCAAAUCAGGAUCAGUCAUUGCCUCGCCGUGAACCUCGUCGUGCAGGACUAAGACCUCGACGUGGAAGACCAGCUCCUAGAGAACAGGUAAAUUUAGAAUUUGUUGAUGAUGAAGAAGUUUCUUCAGAGGAGGAAAAGGUCAGCCAAGAUGGGGAAGAAAACAGGAAUUCGGAGGAUAAUGAUGUUGAUGACGGUGAGGAUGAGGUUGAUGGAGAUGGUGACCGCGAAGAUGAGGGCGAGGGCGAGGGCGAGGGUGAGGGUGAAGAUGAUGAUGAAGGUGAUGAAGGUGAGGAAGAUGGUGAUGAUGAAGAGGGUGAAGAAGAGCAGGAAGGCAGGAGAAGAUAUGACCUUCGCAACAGGGCAGAAGUACGCAGGCAUUUAGAGGAGAGUAAACAAAGGCCAAGAUCACCUCGAAGAGUUCUGCAGCAAGGAAUGGGGACUAAAGUUAGCAGGGAUGCGAGGAGAGGUGGAUCCAGAGUUCAUAAACGUCAUCGCUCAACCCGAGCUGAAGAUUCAGAUGACUCCCUUCUCGUGGAUGAGUUGGAUCAAGGUCCUUCCAUGCCCUGGGGAAGAGGUGGAAGCAGGGCUGGGCCACCUUGGCUUUUGGGGGGACUAGACAUGCACGGGACAUCUGCUUGGGGUUUAAAUGCUGCUGCAUCUGGUUGGAGUCAUCAGAAUGAUGCUAUUUCUAAUUUAACGUCUGGGAUUCAAACAGCUGGACCUAGUUCCAAGGGAGGAGCUGAUAUUCAACCAUUACAAAUUGAUGAAAGUAUAAGUUUUGAUGACAUAGGUGGCCUUUCUGAGUAUAUUGAUGCUUUGAAAGAAAUGGUUUUCUUUCCGCUGUUGUAUCCAGAUUUUUUUGCGAAUUACCACAUAACCCCCCCAAGAGGAGUCCUGCUUUGUGGCCCCCCUGGUACAGGAAAAACACUAAUCGCAAGAGCAUUGGCAUGUGCUGCUUCAAAAGCAGGGCAGAAGGUUAGCUUUUAUAUGCGGAAAGGUGCUGAUGUGCUUAGCAAAUGGGUUGGUGAGGCUGAAAGACAAUUGAAGCUACUAUUCGAGGAAGCUCAAAGAAAUCAACCUUCUAUUAUCUUUUUUGAUGAGAUAGAUGGACUAGCUCCAGUGAGAUCUAGCAAGCAAGAGCAAAUUCACAAUUCCAUUGUGUCAACCCUGCUUGCCUUGAUGGAUGGUCUUGACUCUCGAGGACAGGUUGUUUUGAUUGGAGCAACCAACAGGAUUGAUGCCAUUGAUGGUGCCUUGAGGCGCCCGGGUAGGUUUGAUCGCGAAUUCAAUUUUCAACUGCCUGGUUGUGAUGCACGUGCUGAAAUACUAGACAUUCACACUCGGAAAUGGAAACAGCCUCCUUCAAAUGAGCUUAAGUUGGAGCUUGCAGCUAGUUGUGUAGGAUAUUGUGGUGCUGAUCUAAAGGCUUUGUGUACUGAAGCUGCCAUUCGUGCGUUUCGUGAAAAAUAUCCCCAAGUUUAUACAAGCGAUGACAAAUUUGUGAUAGACGUUGAUUCAGUGGAGGUGGAAAAAUUUCACUUCAUCGAAGCCAUGUCAACAAUUACUCCUGCUGCUCACAGAGGUUCAAUAGUGCAGUCUCGCCCUUUAUCAUCAGUUGUUGCCCCAUGUCUACAGAGACAUUUCCAGAAAAUCAUGAGUACCAUAUCAGACAUUUUUCCAGUCGUAUCGAGUUCUGCAGAACUAAACAAACUGUCUAAGCUCUCAUACGGUUCUGGUGUUCCUCUUGUAUACAGACCUAGGCUUAUGCUAUGUGGUGGUGACGGUGUUGGGCUGGAUCAUCUGGGACCAGCAAUUUUGCAUGAGUUAGAGAAAUUUCCUGUCCAUUCUCUUGGUCUUCCAUCGUUACUUUCUGACCCUAGUGCUAAGACACCAGAGGAGGCAUUAGUGCACAUAUUUGGCGAAGCAAGGAGAACUACCCCGUCAAUACUUUAUUUACCUCAAUUCCAUCUUUGGGUGCAGAAUGCACAUGAGCAACUUAAGGCUGUCCUGUGGACACUUCUGGAGGAACUGCCAUCCGAUUUUCCAAUCUUAUUACUAGGAACCUGUUCACUUCCACUUGAUGAAUUAGAUUCGGAUCAUUUCUCAGUAUUUCCGCCACAUAAUGUCCAUGUCGUGCACGUACCAACAGAUGAGGACAGGUCUUUGUUCUUUGAUCGUUUGAUUCAAGCAGCGUUGUCAAUAUCAAAUGAUAGCAAAACAAAGAAUUCUCGAAAACCAGAUUCCUUGCCUGAACUACCCAAGGCACCAAAGGUGGACACUGGCCCCAAGAUCUCUGAGUUAAAAGUUAAGGCUGAAACUGAAGGACAUGCCCUUCGCCGGCUGCGGAUGUGCCUCCGGGAUAUUUGCAAUAGGAUCUUGUAUGACAAGCGAUUCAGUGCUUUUCAUUAUCCAGUCUCAGACGAGGAUGCACCAAAUUAUCGCUCAAUAAUUCAGAACCCCAUGGACAUGUCAUCUCUGUUGCAGCAUGUCGAUAGUGGGAAAUACAUCACCUGCAAAGCUUUUUUGGAGGAUUUUGACCUUAUUUUGAUCAAUGCAAAGAAAUAUAAUGGAGAUGAUUACAAUGGAGCUAGAAUUGUCAGUAGAGCUUGCGAGCUUCGGGAUACAGUGCAUGGAAUGUUGUCACAAGUGGACCCUGCAUUGGCUGCCUUUUGUGAGAAAAUUGCUGCAGAAGGCGGUCCAGUUUCCUUGCCUGAUGACUUGGGGGACUCUUUAAUCUAUCAAGCUCCUGUCGUUCAGAUGGCAACUAUGACUAGAGCAAGUGCCCGUCUUCGUAAUGUCCAGCCAGAGGUUAAUCUGGAUCAGAGCUAUGAAGCCCUGAAACGAACAAAGAAAACUUCUGAUGUUGCACCAACAGUUGAAACUGGAGAAGAGAAUUUAGUCCCCCAGGAAUCGGUGCAUUUAAAAUCCCAAGAACCUGAAAUUGUUGAUUUAAACCAAAGAGUAGAGAGCCCGGAUGCUGACAGUAAUCGGAUGGAAGCACCUCGUGAAGCAUGUGAAUCCAGAUCUCCUGAUAUUACCAUGUUUGAAGCUGAGGAUACCAGCAAAAUAGAGGAUACCAGCAAAAUAGAGUCCCUUAAGCAGCGUUUGGUGGAGCAUAGUGCAGAUUAUGGCAUUCCGCAGCUUGAAAGGCUCUAUGCUCGGGUUAUAAAAGGUGUCUUUGACGCUAAAACUGGUAAAAGUAAAGAUGUUAUUAAGGAAUCAAUUCUGAGCUAUUUGUUCAAGUUUGUUGAGGACAAAGCAAAUUUUUGAUAUGACAACAAUUUUAGUCCUGAUAGGAAUUUAUCUAAAUUAUAAACGUUGAAUCUGGUGGUCAAAUCAUUCAAUUUGUACAUCUGUACCUGACCAACUGAUCGGAAGUCAUUACAAAUAUGGAGAACUUUUUUCAUCUUA